CCUUGGAAUUUAUUUUGAUGAUGUGCAUGGUUGCUCGAACCGGAAGGGAAUUGCAGCGAUACGACAACCUCGGCCGCCGCCAAGUUGUCGGCUGCAUUCCCUAUAGAUUCAAAUGUCGCACCGACGGAACCAUUACUAAUGAUUUGGAAGUUCUUGUCAUCUCCUCCCAGAAAGGUCCUAAAAUGAUGUUUCCUAAGGGAGGUUGGGAGAUUGACGAAUCCAUAGAGGAAGCUGCUUUAAGAGAAUCAAUUGAAGAAGCUGGUGUUUUAGGCAACGUUGAGUGUGAGUUGGGGAAAUGGUACUUCAUAAGCAAAAACCAUGGCACAUUUUAUGAAGGUUGCAUGUUUCCUUUGCUGGUCAAGGAAGAGCUCGACUUUUGGCCUGAGCAGCACGUCCGCCAAAGAGCAUGGAUGAAUGUGAAAGAAGCAAGGGACGUUUGCCAGCAUUGGUGGAUGAAAGAAGCCUUGGACAUUCUGGUUCAAAGAGUCAACUCUUUGUAGCACCAACAACAAAGCACCAAAUCUCUCUAUUUUCAUU